UUGCCGCCAUUCAAAUUCGUUUGUCGACCUAACUCUGUUUCUUCUCUCGCCCCCUUCAAAAUUUUCUCCGGUCACUUGAAUUUGUGUUCUGAUUCAACGAGUAAGAUAUUUUUGACCAUCGACGAGUUUUGAAACUCAAAUUGUUGUUUAUUUCUUCAGUAACUAUGGCUAUCGAUUGUCUCGUACUUGGUGCUGGACAAGAGAUUGGAAAGAGCUGUGUGGUAGUGACGAUUAAUGGUAAAAAGAUAAUGUUCGAUUGUGGGAUGCAUAUGGGCUGUGAUGAUCACAAUCGUUACCCAAAUUUUUCUCUCAUAUCUAAAUCCGGUGAUUUUGACAACGCGAUCUCUUGUAUCAUCAUCACACACUUGUAUUGAUUCUUCAAACCCAGAAUUUGUCCCUUUUUUAAAAUUCACUUUUUUAGUUUUUGUGGGUUUUAAUUGUGAGUGUUAAUAGCCAUAUGGAUCAUGUUGGAGCGCUUCCUUACUUCACGGAAGUUUGUGGGUACAAUGGUCCGAUUUAUAUGUCGUAUCCCACAAAGGCUUUGUCUCCAUUAAUGCUUGAGGACUACCGAAGAGUGAUGGUGGAUAGAAGAGGCGAGGAGGAGCUAUUCACCACUACCCAUAUCGCAAACUGCAUGAAAAAAGUAAUUGCAAUAGAUUUGAAGCAAACAAUUCAGGUUGAUGAAGAUCUUCAAAUCCGGGCUUAUUAUGCAGGGCAUGUCCUUGGAGCAGUGAUGGUUUAUGCAAAGAUGGGAGAUGCAGCGAUUGUGUACACUGGAGAUUACAAUAUGACGACAGAUAGACAUCUAGGAGCUGCUAAAAUUGACAGACUCCAGUUGGAUCUUCUCAUUUCAGAGUCCACAUAUGCAACUACCAUUCGCGGCUCAAAAUAUCCCCGGGAGAGAGAGUUUCUUCAAGCUGUUCAUAAAUGUGUUGCUGGCGGAGGGAAGGCGCUGAUUCCUUCAUUUGCUCUUGGAAGGGCUCAGGAACUCUGCAUGCUGCUUGAUGAUUACUGGGAACGCAUGAAUAUAAAGGUUCCAAUUUACUUCUCAUCAGGUUUGACCAUCCAAGCAAAUAUGUAUUACAAAAUGCUCAUCAGCUGGACAAGCCAGAACGUUAAAGAAAAGCACAAUACGCAUAACCCAUUUGAUUUUAAGAAUGUUAAAGAUUUCGAUCGAUCUCUUAUACAUGCUCCUGGGCCAUGUGUUCUCUUUGCCACACCUGGUAUGCUUUGUGCUGGCUUUUCACUUGAAGUGUUCAAGCACUGGGCUCCUUCUCCCUUGAAUCUUGUUGCAUUACCCGGAUACUCUGUGGCUGGGACCGUUGGGCACAAACUGAUGGCUGGUAAACCCACGACGGUUGAUCUCUACAAUGGCACCAAGGUCGAUGUCCGUUGCAAGGUACAUCAAGUGGCUUUCAGUCCUCACACAGAUGCAAAAGGAAUAAUGGAUCUCACAAAGUUCCUUUCCCCAAAGAACGUUGUACUCGUGCACGGCGAAAAACCCAGCAUGAUGAUUCUUAAGGAAAAGAUAACCUCAGAGCUUGACAUCCCCUGUUUCGUCCCUGCCAAUGGCGAAACAGUUUCAUUCGCUUCAACCACUUAUAUAAAAGCAAACGCUUCUGAUAUGUUCCUAAAAAGCUGCUCCAACCCGAAUUUCAAAUUCUCAAACUCUACUCAGCUCCGUGUUACAGACCAUAGAACCGCAGACGGGGUUUUGGUAAUAGAGAAGAGCAAAAAGGCAAAGAUAGUUCACCAAGAUGAAAUCUCUGAGGUGUUACAUGAGAAAAACCAUGUGGUCUCUUUAGCUCAUUGUUGUCCAGUGAAAGUUAAAGGAGAAUCAGAAGAUGAUGAUGUUGAUCUAAUCAAACAAUUGUCUGCAAAGAUCUUGAAGACAGUGUCUGGUGCUCAGAUCCAUGAAUCUGAAAACUGUUUGCAGGUUGCAUCUUUCAAGGGCUCUUUGUGUCUAAAAGACAAGUGUAUGCAUCGAAGCAGUAGUAGUAGUAGUGAAGCUGUGUUCUUGUGUUGCAACUGGUCUAUCGCAGAUUUAGAGCUUGGCUGGGAAAUCAUCAAUGCUAUCAAACUAAAUCACUGAUUCUUGUAACACUGAGAAGUGUUUUCAGUUUUUGUCGUUUUUCUGUCGGCAUAUGUAAAAGUUUUGAUCCUAGUAAAUUAAAUUAACCCAGUAGUAACUAAACUUACCAACUUUAGCG